AUGGCGAUUUCAAAAAAUCCAUCCCUCCACCUCCACCUCCACCACCUCCUCUUCCUCCUCCUCCUUGCACCCGCCGUCAACUCCAUCGGCGUCAACUACGGAACCCUAGGCGACAACCUCCCGCCACCAGCUACAGUAGCCCACUUCCUCAAAUCCGACACCAUCAUCGACCGCAUUAGAAUCUUUGACGUGAACCCAGAUAUGAUAAAAGCGUUCGCCGGCACCGGCAUCCUCGUCUCCGUCACAGUCCCCAACGGUGACAUCCCUUCUCUCACUGAUCCCUGGAACGCCCGCCGGUGGGUCAAUGCCAACAUUAAACCCUUUUACCCCGCCACCAAGAUCCACUAUAUCUGUGUCGGCACCGAGGUGCUCCACUGGGGUCCACAGAGCAUCGUCGACAACCUCGUUCCGGCGAUGAGAGUACUUCACUCUGCACUCGUUAAAGCUGGUAUUACAGAAAUAAAGAUUUCUAGCCCGCAUUCGCUAAGUAUACUUUUUUCAUCAAUCCCUCCGAGCAACGCGUCUUUCCGACAUGGUUGGGACGUCGGCAACCUCGCUCCGAUGCUCCGGUUCCACCGUGAAACGAAAUCGGCGUUCAUGGUUAACCCGUACACGUAUUACGGGUACUCACCGGAGAAUCCGAACUUUUAUCUCUUCAAACCCAACAAAGGACUAUUCGAUAAAGUCACCGGAAAACGGUACACCAAUCAGUUCGAUUUACUAAUGGACGCUGUUUACGUUUCGAUGAAGAAACUUGGGUACCCAGAUGUUGAUAUUAUAGUGGCGGAGACAGGGUGGCCGUCGGGCGGAGACCCGCAAAACACCCACGCGAAUCCGUGGAAUGCGGCGGCGUAUAACGGUGGUGUUAUACAGAAAGUCGACUCCGGCGUCGGAACGCCAUUGAUGCCUGGACGGAAGUUCGAAACCUACAUUUUUUCGUUGUUUAAUGAGAAUCUAAAAGGGCCAUCGUUGGAUGAGAAGAAUUUCGGGUUGUUUCGACCCGAUUUCACUCAAGUUUAUGACAUCGGAAUUAGACACGAAUCACAGUCAAAGACCCCAUCACCAAAGCCAUCAACACCAACACCAACACCAAGAGCACCAACAUCAUCUCAAGGCAAGAGUUGGUGUGUGCCUAAACCAGAUGCGACUGAUGUUGCACUUCAGUCCAACAUCGAUUACAUUUGCAGUAAUGGCAUCGAUUGUAGCCCCACACAGCCUGGUGGGGCUUGCUUUAUGCCAAAUACUAUUCGAGCUCAUGCAUCAUUCCUCAUGAAUUCUUAUUAUCAAGCAAAGGGACGCCACAACUUUGAUUGUGACUUUGCAAACACCGGAGUCAUAGCAUCUUCUGAUCCUAGUAAUGGUCCAUGUAAAUAUAUUUCUUAAGCUUGUACGGUGUGUGAUGAACUCAUGGAACUGUAUGUAGGCAACAACGAUGAAAUGAGGAACUAUAUUGGGUUCUUUUUGAUAAGUUGGAAAUUGUGGUAACAUUUAAUCUGUUGAUAUAUGAUUAUAUUUGUACUGAAAUGUAUUACAGUGGAGGAACUAUCUAAUAUGCAUGCUUAUUUAGUUUAAAUAAUUUGGUUGUGAGGUAAUUAGCAUAGUAUUAGAACAACUUUCGGAACUAAG